UUCUUAUUAUCAGUGCAUUCAAGGUGGAGAAGCCAUGGCUUAGCAGCUUCUGCUUGUUUCGAUCCUCUCUCUCUCUCGCACUCUCUCUAUUGCAGUGGGACGAGCAAUCGACAAAUUAGCAGAAACAUUUGAUUUUGUUUGGUUGUUUAAUGGUCUUGGGGAGUGAGACAAAAGCGCUUAUUUCACUGUCAUUUUGCUGUUUUGUUGCUCUUCUUCCAUGGCGGAAACCCUAGCCCUCGAUUCUGCUGCGAAAAUGGGGCAUGAGAAUGGCGGGUCAAAGGAAGGAGGAGGGGCGGGCGGCUUGAGGGCGGAGAUCGACACCUCGGCGCCGUUCGAGUCCGUGAAGGAGGCCGUCAGUCGAUUCGGCGGAAUCGGUUUCUGGAAACCCUCUCUCCAGAAAUCUCCCGACACCGAGGGCUUGGAAGAGGUGGACAUAGAGAAACUAGAGGAACAGACCUCUCAGUUGGAGAAAGAUCUUAUCGUCAAGGAGAGGGAAACGUUGGAUGUCCUGAAAGAGCUCGAGUCGACCAAACAAACUGUCGAGGAGCUAAAGGUGAGGUUGCAGAAUGAAGCAUCUGAGCUUAACGCAGCUAUGGAGUCGAAUACGGUGGAGAACAAUCAUGUCAAGCCUGCUGUUGAGGAAGCUGAAAAGGAGAACCAUUUCGAGAAUCCAAACGUGGUCUCUGCUCCUCCAUGCAAAAUCCUGGUGGAGCUGAAGCAAGCUAAGAUGAACCUUACGAGGACUACCACCGAUCUUGCCGAUAUUAGAGCUUCUGUGGAGUCAUUUAACAGGAAGCUCGAGAGAGAGAAAAUCUCGCUCGAGAAAACACGUGAGAGGUUGAACCAGAACUCCUCAAAAAUAUCCUCGCUCGAAGAAGAGCUUAGCCAAACUAGACUUAAGCUGCAAAUCGCCAAAGAUGUGGAAGCUCAGGAUGGGUCAGCUGCAUCAUCAGAUCUUACUAGGGAGCUGCACAGGCUGAGUUCCGAGUCUGAGCAGUUCAAGAAGGUGGGAGAGGCUGCAAGGCUGGAAGUCCAGAGGGCAAUCUCUGAGAUCGAACAGACUAAGACGAGGAUCAAAACAGCCGAGGUCAGGCUUAUCGCGGCUAAGAAGAUGAAGGAAGCCGCUCGAGCAACUGAAGCUGUUGCGCUUGCAGAAAUUAAAGCUCUGUCCAACACCGAGAGUAAGCCCAUGCGGAAGCCUGAAGGAGUGACCCUUACGUUUGAAGAGUAUUCUGCCCUGGUCAGCAAAGCUCGGGAAGCAGAGGAGCGAUCCAACGAUAGAGUGGUGAAUGCGAUGCUUCGAGUUGAUGAGGCAAACAUGUCAAAGAUGGACAUAUUAAAGAAAGUGGAGGAAGCUGCUGAGGAAGUCAAAACGAGCAAGAAAGAGUUGGAGGAAGCUCUGAAUAGAGUUGAGGCUGCUAACAGAGGAAAGCUUUCAGUAGAGGAGGCCCUUCGGAAAUGGAGGUCUGAGCAUGGCCGUAAAAGGCGGUCCCUGCACAACUCCACCAAGUUCAAGAACUCUGGCCCAUCUCACUAUAGGAGAGAUUCUCAUAUAGUUGAUCUAAAUGUGCUGAACCAGAUCAGUGAUGGGUCCGCCCCGGUUCUGAAGCAGACCCUUUCAAUUGGACAAAUACUGAGCCAGAAACUGCUUCUUGCUGAAGACUUUGAGACUGGAAAACUGACAAUUAAGGACCCUGGGAGGCGCAAGGUGUCGUUGGGUCAAAUGCUCGGUAAGCAGAAUGACGAUUGUCCCUCAAUUCAGAAACCAGAGGGGGGGGAUGCCAACCACAACAAACAGCAGUUGCCUUCGAAGAGGAAGAAGUUCGGGUUCGCCCGGUUCUCAUUGCUGUUGGCAAAGCAAAGCAAGAAGAAGAAGAAGAAGAAGAAGCCCGUGUUUAAUUUGAGAUGAGAGGUACAGGCAGGUGGCCGAGUUCAGCCGAGCACUAACUUAUGCUAUAGUCUUAUUAGUGAUUUCAGUUGGUAUGUAUUCUUUCUCUCUUUCAAAGGUUCCUUGGGCUGGGGGCCUCGCUCUUAUGUGUAUCCUCCUCUCUUUGGAUGGUCAGUGACAUUAUGAUGUUGCCAGUUGUUUGAGUUGGAGAAACUUAUGAUUGUCGUCCGAAAAUGUAUUAGAGGUUGUAUAUGUUCCUUUGUAGUAAUCGGAGAUGGCUUUUGUUCAUUUCUAGUAUAGGUCGACUCUCCGAUGACCUCUGAUCCUAUGUUGAGUAAAUUGGAGAUGGCUUUUGUAUCUUGAUAGGGUUCUUCUUGCUGUUUGCCUGCAUUGUCCCCGUUUGAUGAAAGGAAAGCGGCUGUAUGCAAAAA